AAUUAAUCAGUUUUGUAAUAGGAAUGGGUUAAUAAGGGACCUACCUAUAUAUACAUUACUCAGCUUUUUGGUUCAACAUCAUAAAUUAACAACCAAGAAGCAAUGUCAAGCGCUACAGUCCUCGAUGAAUCUAGCGUUCCUAGCCCCAGGAGUACAUGGAGGAUGGACGGGCAGUUACGAUACGACAUUGCGAUGAACACCAUCAUUAUAAUCCUCAUCACUGAUGCGGUCUUACAUAUGACUCUGAGAGCCCACAAAAUUCCCCUUGAUGAUAACGUUGUGGGACUUUUAUGUACGUUAGUAGUUCCGUACAUGGUUGUCAUCACGAUUAAUUGCGGGUAUUGGCUUACAGAAACCGAGGAUGAAGGGUUAGGCUUUUGUAUUUUACUCUGUCUCCUCUAUUCUAUUUCUCACUUGGCUAUGUACGUUGCUCUACCUUGUCUACUAUGGUUGGUGCCAGCCAUGUUUGCACCGUGUUGUCCAUGUCUGUGGAGAGGAGAGUCAACUUGGUGGAAUUUUGUGAAGCAACCACAACCAAGAGUAGAUAUUGUUUAACUUUUGGACUAUUAUUAUUAAUAGAAUUUUUUAAUUUCUAAUUUUGUAAAUAUCUCGUCAAUUGUUCUUAACUUUUCUCUCUUGCGAUCGGUGAAUUUUGUUUCCACUGUCUACCCAUAAACCUCGUGUUGACAUGUGUUUCACGAUCUAACAAGAUAUUAUUAUGGUCUAGGGAUUGUUUUAGACAUCAAUCCUCUUUUGAUAUGACUGAAGAAAAUUAGAGUUCCUAGUCUUGAUUUGUUCCUGCUUAAUGUAAUUUGGGGUUAG